AUGGGCUGGCAGAAAACUUUCACCUUGUCCAAGCGCGCUAAGGGAUGCCAUCUGGUUACGGAGGAAGUUGUCAAUCAAAUUCAAGCAGGAUUGCUAGGAGUUCAGGUCGGCAUGUUAUUUCUUUUCAUCCAGCACACCUCAGCCGCGCUCACUGUGAAUGAGAACUUUGACAAAGUGACCUGCCGCCUAGAUAUGGAUAUGGCACUCGACACCAUCGUACCCGAGUCCCUCGAUUGGCGUCACACUGACGAAGGACCAGACGAUUCGGUCUCGCACACGAAGGCUUCUCUCAUUGGGACGUCGAUUUCCAUCCCGAUCACCAACGGUCAAUUGAAUUUAGGGACGUGGCAAGGAAUCUAUCUUACAGAAUUCAGACAUGUUGCGCACACAAGGCGGGUAGUUGCCACCAUCUUGUAG